GCAGUGCUCGUUCCAAUUCCACAGACCGUUCAGCUUCCAAUGGCCGUACAAUAACCUCCCCGCAUUGUCAUUCCGACCGGAAUUCAUCAACCUCUGUUUUCUCCCAUCUCCAACUUCAUCGAGAGAAAAACAGAGGGAGAGAAACAGAGACAGAGAGAAACAGAGACACGGAAAAUGGGGAGCUGGGGAGCGAUUCUGAGGCACCCGGGGGAUUUCUACCCGCUGAUGAAGCUGAAGAUGGCGGCGAGCAAUGCCGAGAAGCAGAUCCCCCCGCAGCCCCACUGGGCAUUCUGCUACUCCAUGCUCCACAAGGUCUCCCGCAGCUUCGCCCUCGUCAUCCAACAGCUCGGCACCGAGCUCCGUGAUGCGGUGUGCAUAUUCUAUUUGGUCCUGCGAGCACUUGAUACAGUUGAGGAUGACACAAGCAUACCUACUGAUGUCAAAGUGCCUAUCCUGAAAGCCUUUCAUCAGCACGUGUAUGAUAAGGAGUGGCAUUUUCAUUGUGGUACAAAGGAAUACAAGGUUCUAAUGGACCAAUUUCAUCAUGUUUCCAUGGCUUUCCUGGAGCUAGGGAAAAGUUACCAAGAGGCUAUUGAGGAUAUUACUAAAAGGAUGGGAGUAGGAAUGGCAAACUUUAUUUGCAAAGAGGUGGAAACAAUUGAUGAUUACGAUGAAUAUUGCCACUAUGUGGCAGGACUUGUUGGUUUAGGUUUGUCAAAGCUUUUCCAUGCUUCGGGAGCUGAAGAUCUGGCACCAGAUUCUCUAUCUAAUUCGAUGGGUUUGUUUCUACAGAAAACAAACAUUAUUCGAGAUUAUUUGGAGGAUAUCAAUGAGAUUCCAAAGUCACGCAUGUUUUGGCCUCGUCAAAUUUGGAGCAAAUAUGUAAACAAACUUGAGGACUUGAAGUGUGAGGAGAACUCAGAGAAGGCAGUGCGAUGUUUGAAUGAUAUGGUCACGAAUGCUUUGACACAUGUUGAAGACUGUUUGACCUACAUGUCUGCUUUAGGGGAUCCUUCUAUAUUCCGGUUUUGUGCCAUUCCUCAGAUAAUGGCAAUUGGAACAUUAGCUUUAUGCUACAACAAUAUUGAAGUUUUCAAAGGCGUAGUGAAGAUAAGGCGAGGUCUUACUGCUAAAGUUAUCGAUCGUACAAGAACAAUGGCUGAUGUUUAUGGUGCAUUCUAUGAUUUUUCUUGUAUGCUGAAGUCCAAGGUUGAUAAGAAUGACCCUAAUGCUACAAAAACAUUAAGCAGAAUCGAGAUUACGCAGAAGGCUUGCAGAGAUGCUGGCCUCCGAAACAAAAGGAAAUCUUACAUCCUUCCAAGUGAACCCAGAUAUGGUUUCGUGCCGGUCGUUGUUUUGCUCAUUAUACUGGCAAUAAUUCUCGCUCAAUUCUUAAGAAGUAGAUCAAGUAACUACUGAUGGAGCUUUGUGGGAACAUCAGCAAGUCAUAGAGAUUGUGUCAGAUGCACAUGUACGUACUGAGGAGUUAUGCUUUUAUAUAUGAUUGUAAUUUGCUCUUUGUAAGGGAAUUUCGUUUGUCUUUCCCCUUCAAAAAAAGGGAA